AUGGAGCUGGAACUGACGCGGGUUGACUACGCCACGGUCGGGCUGACGGGGCCAAAUUGUCUUCAGCUACUGCCACCGAUCGGAGGCGCGGCCGCAACGGGUAGCGGCGGGUACAAGCAGCAGCAAAAGGUGGCCAUCGGUGACCAGGAUGGAGUGCUGCAGGUUUUUUCGAUGAAAAAGGACGAGCUGCAGAUGCACUUCAAGACGCUGCCGGGAGAGAGGAUUGCCUCGGUCAAGCUGGGCGGGCAGGUGGGUUCGGUGGCGGACAAGAUGUUCACCGCGUCCGAGAACAAGGUGCGGGGCUUCAACAAGAAGGGCAAACUGUUCCUGGCCUUCGAAACCAGCCUGACCGAGACGAUACGAUCGAUGUGUGUGAGCGGACCCGAUCUGCUGGUGUGUGGCAACCACGUGUACAAUCACUACCGGGACUGCAAAGAACUCGGAUCGUACCUGUGCGGCGAUGUGAUUGUGGACGUGGCCGCCCUCUGUCCACACAACACCAGCCGGUUGAUCACGGUGCUGGCCUGUUCGGGUCGGGUGCUGCGCGUGCUGGAGCAUUCGCGGGUGCGUCAAACCAUCGAACUGGACAGCGUCCCGACGGUUCUGCAUGUACCGAAGGGUUUGGGUGAUCGAAUGCUGUGUGGUUUUGCGGACGGCAGUGUUCUACUGUUCCACCUGAAUCUGCAGGUUGCGGAGGUAAAACGUGAGGUGCUGGUCUCGGACCAGCUCAACAGGGACGAGCGGGACAAGGAAGGUUUGAGCGCGGUCACGUGCAUCGCUACCUACGAUCUGUCCGGCGACGGGAAGGAGGAACUUAUCGUUGGUCGCCGCGAUGGGACACUGCAGGUGUUUACCAUGAACUCCGACGAGUACCAGUUCGAGAUGGAGUGUACGCAGAUUUAUCGCGAGCUCUUCAACGAAAGCAUCUCCAGUGUGCAGGCCGGGUGCGUCGGGGCCAACGGGUACACCGAGAUCGUCGUCUGCACGUACUCUGGCCGCGUGUUCGGCCUGACGACGCAGUGCAUCGGCAAGUGUCUGAGCGAUGCCGGUAGCUUUUCGGGCGGCGCUCCCGUUGCCCAGCCCAUCGAUUCGUCGGCCAAACUGCAGCGCAUCCGUGCGGAAAUCUACGAACUGGAGCAAACGAUCGCCAAGGAGCGCGAACGCUACCAGCUGUCCACGCAGGCCAUGUCUAGUGGGCUCUCCGCAAUACCGAUGCUCCCGGUGAACGAUUCGUUCGUCCUGUCCAAGAGCGAUGCGACCUAUCUGCUGUCGCUCGAAAUACCGACCCCGAUCGAGCACGUGCUGCUGCAGUGUGAUACCCCGAUCAAUUUGCUCGAUGUGGAGAAAAACAGUGCCGUGGUCAGUUUCAGCGAGUGCGACAAACUGAGCGGCAACAGCCUGCUGGCAAGCUACCGGUGCCAGAUGAACACGAACCGCAUCGAUCUGAAAAUUCGUACGAUCGAGGGCCAAACGGGUACGCUGCAGGUGUACAUUACGCCCAAUCUUCAACCGAAAUGUUGCCAACUGAAGCGCUAUCCUAUCAAACCGUUAUCACUGCACGUGAUCCUUCACAACGUGACAGACGAAAUGCUAGCCCGGCCGAUGAAUGUGCUGACGCUCAAGGGUCCGUUCAGUCAGGCCGAGGUGCACAACUGGAUGGUCAACAGCAUCCCGGAGUUACCGGAGAAGCGGCACGAGACGGGCAAGGUGCGCUUCACGUUCCAGCACGUAUUCAUUGGCACGCUGCUGGUCUGCGAGUACGGCAAGGGUGAUGCCACGUUUCGCAGCGACAACAUCUCGACCAUCUCCAUCCUGAAGGACUUUAUCACCAAAGAGGCGACGAAGAAGCGCAUCAAAUUGGAAAUCUCCAGCACGAUCAAUGAAUCAACGAUCCCUUCACUGAUCAAACUGAUUGAACCGAAAAUUGUCCACUACAACAAGCUGACGAAAGAUUUUCAGCUGGCCCAAGCGCUGCUCGAUCUGGACAUUCGUGAUGAGGCCGAGUUUGGCACGCUUUCGGAGGAAUACAGGACACUGAUUCGCACCCAUCAGGCAAUAGAGGCCGAGUUCCGGAAGCAACCGACCAUACUGAACCGGAUCUAUGGCAUUUUGACGGACCUGUACAUCGAUAAGUUCAAGUUUAAGGGCGUUAACGUGAAGACGAAGCUGCCGCAGCUGAUCGAGCUGCUUGACAACUAUACCUACGAUCAGUUGGUGCACUUCUAUACGCUCGACAGAGCAAGCGACGAAGACAAUAAAGACUAG